AAAAAAAAAAUUAGCCAGGCGUGGCGAAACCCCAUCUCUACUAAAAAAUAUAAAAAUUAGUCAGGCGUGGUGGCGGGUGCCUGUAAUCUCAGCUACUCAGGAGGCUGAGGCAGGAUAAUUGCAUAAACCCGGGAGGCAGAGGUUGCAGUGAGCCGAGAUCGCACCAGCGCACUCCAGGCUGGGUGACAGAGUGAGACUCUGUCUCAAAAAAAAAAAAAAAAAUUACACUGCAAAAGGCUCCAAAAAAUACAGAAACAAACAAGGAAGAGACAGGAAGGUGCAUCUCAUCUGGCAGUUUUCUGAGCCUCUUCUUGGAGCCUCACGCAGUGGUCGCCUUCAAUGUAUCAAAAUCCAUUGUGGUUUAAAUCUCGGCGGCAUCUGGGAGGCAGUGAGGACGGCUCUCACCUCCCCUCUGUCCUCGCCGCUGCCCCAGGGCCUCUGCACGGCUGCCUCCUCACCUGCUUUGGGACUGUUCAGUUUUACCUUCUCCGCGGGGCUCACCCGCACCCACACUGCUACCCUGGGCCCCAAACCUGUCUGCGUUUUCCCUCACGUUCAGUGCCUCCUCAUACACCAGACUGUGUUCACUUAUCACAUUUACUGACGACUUUCCCUCUCCCAUCCUGAGAACAUCUCCUUUUUCGUCUGUUCGUGUCCAGUUCUCACCACCCCCAACAGAGGCUGGUACACAGUAGGUGCCCAGUACAUGCUUUGGCAGGAAUGAGUGACAGGAUGAGGCAGUGAAUGCUUCCUGGCUCAGAGCUGAAACUCCCAGAGUUGUGCACUUGCUGGAUGACCUUGGGCUGUGCCUCAGUUUCCCCAGGUGUAGAAACGGGGCCACGCCACCCACGACCCCGCCAGGCCCUCCUGCUGCAAGGCUGUGGGUGUCAUGUUUGCAGGUCUAGUUCCUUGGGGCCGGCCCUGGCCCCAGCUGCCCAGCUCUGCCGGCUCCCGGGAGACGCACUCUGCUGACACCGGACUCUUUCCUGGACCGUCCAGCCGCCUGGCCGACACUCGAUCCCGGCCCCACUUCCAGGCCAGUGUCCGGCCGACCAGCCUGCCUCGGGCCAGGGCCCCACGACUCCCUGCUGCGGGACAAGGGGCCGUCUGUGCGGCUGUGGUCGUGGGAGGGUGUGGUGAGGCCGUGAAGGUGGGGACGGUGCCUGGGCCUGUGGCCGCCAGAGCUGCUGCGGCUCAGAAGUUAGCACCAGGCCCCGUGGGUGCUGUGGGGGCCAUCGCCUGCCCACCAUGGGAACCCUCAGCUGCGACCCCACCCCACGGCUGGCCACAGCCCCCCUUGGCCGGCGAGUGACGGAGGGCCAGAUUCCGGAGAGCGGCCUGAGGAAGUCCUGUAGGACGGCCACCCUGGAGAACGGCUCGGGGCCAGGCUUGUACGUCCUGCCGUCCACCGUGGGCUUCAUCAACCACGACUGCACCAGGGUGGCCAGUCCUGCCUACUCGCUCGUCCGGAGGCCCAGUGAGGCACCACCUCAGGACACCAGCCCGGGCCCCAUCUACUUCUUGGACCCCAAAGUCACACGCUUUGGCCGCAGCUGCACCCCUGCCUACUCCAUGCAGGGCCGGGCCAAGUCUCAGGGUCCGGAGGUGACGCCAGGCCCUGGGGCCUACAGCCCAGAGAAGGUGCCCCCUGUGUGCCAUCGGACACCGCCGGCUUUCACCCUGGGCUGCCGCCUCCCCCUGAAGCCCCUGGACACCUCAGCCCCUGCCCCUAAUGCCUACACCAUGCCCCCUCUGUGGGGCUCACAGAUCUUCACCAAGCCCAGCAGCCCCAGCUACACGGUGGUGGGCCGCACACCCCCCGCCCGCCCCCCGCAGGAUCCUGCUGAGAUACCAGGCCCGGGCCAGUACGACAGCCCGGACGCAAACACCUACCGCCAGCGCCUGCCUGCCUUCACCAUGCUGGGGCGGCCCCGGGCCCCGCGACCCCUGGAGGAGACCCCCGGCCCUGGCGCCCACUGCCCAGAGCAGGUCACCGUGAACAAAGCCAGGGCUCCAGCGUUCUCUAUGGGCAUCCGCCACUCGAAACGGGCCAGCACCAUGGCCGCCACCACGCCCUCCCGGCCUGCGGGGCACAGGCUGCCCGGCCGCUGCUGCUAGGCCAGGCCUGUUUCCCACACAGUGAACGGGGGCUGGCGGGCCUCUCCUGGGGCCUGGCUUUGGCUGGAGGGGCUAGAAGGCGAGAGGGGCUGGGAAAGGAGUCUUCCCUCCCCUUUCCUGAACUGUCCAGGUCCUUCUAGGACACCUGAUCCUUCCAGUCCCUGGGGGCUGUGACCCAUGGCCCUGUGCAGGGUGCAGGGUGAGUCUCCUUCCAGUGCCCCAGUUUCUUCUAGGUCACGCCAGGCCAGGCCAGGCCAGGCUGGGAAAGGGACACCUUCUGGCCCUCCCCAGUAGCUGGCUGGAGAUGGAGCUUCCUGUGUCCCAGAACUCGGCGUCCAGCCCCACUAGGGCCUAGGUCCCCAUCACAGCUUGGGUUAGCUCUGGUCCCAGCCCAAACUCAGGCUGGAGGCAGCCCCGAGGCCUGUGCCUUUCCCACUCCACCUUCUACAGUUGCUUAGCCAAUAAACCUUUCCUGGGCUGGAGAGCUGUCAGCAUCA